UUUCUACAUCAGUUCUGCCUUGGCGCUUAUAAAGUAAGCAUCAUUAUCAUUCAUUCUUACUAAUAACAACUUGGUUAAUCAUUUAUGCCGAUGCAAUUAUCACGAAAUAUGAAUAAUGUUUUUAUUAUUUUAUAUUCAUAAAUGAAAAAAUACAAAUAAAAUAUGUAAAAUUAUAUUCAUCACAAUAUUUUUCUUUUUUUUAUCUGAAUAACAAAUAUAUGAGUCAUAUCAAUUUUUAAAAAAAUGUUCAAGUGAAAUUUUGCAUUACACAGUUUGAAUUCAAAGUGCCUUGUGAGUUAAUAUUAUGUAUCAUUGAUUCAUAAAAUUGUGUGUCAAUUGGAAUUUUCUGCUGUCGUAAUUGCAUGUUAAAAGUGACUCGACAACGUUUGUUAUUAUUCAUUUUUUUUUUUUCUCUGUACAAUUAUUUUUAAGUAUAGGGAAGAUACAAGUAAUUCUAUAAAAGGGUUAUUAAGUGUCUGGUUUUUUGUUUUUUUUUUUGUGUGUGUGAAUUUGCUAAUAUAAAUUGAGGAUUUUUUGAAAAUUAUUAAAAUCCAAGGCGAUAAGCAAUGCUGAAACACGUAUCAGUAUCACCAUGGCGAGGGAGAUCCGACAGUGUGAGUCUAGCAUCAAGUAGUGGUGAUACAAGCAGUUGUGAAAGCGGAAGUCCAACUCCAGCUCACACACCACCGCCCUCGAGGGCAUCAUCAUGUGCAUCACUUGCACCCCUUAAUGGCCUCUCAAGCUUUUCACCUGCUGACAAUGGACCACAACAGACAACGAUAAAGGUAUAUGCAAAUUGUUUGAGAUCUGAUAUCGAAUACAAAACAUUGCCAAUAACUUAUCAAACGACAUGCCAUGAAAUUGUACAAAAUUUGUUAAAUAAAUAUCGAAUGAGACAUCGGGACCCAAGACUAUUUUAUUUAACGAUGGAAGUUACCGUGAGAAGAGCAAACGUCAGGACAAUACUGCCACUUGAUGAUGAUGCUAGACCAGCAAUUUUACAAUCGUGUCAUCCUCGUGGUGAUUCUAGAUUUUCACUGCAAACAAAACGUGGUGGGCUUGUGAAAAUAUAUGAUUGUGCUUUAAUGUCUGGUUCGAAAUACAAAAGUCUAUUGGUGUCAGAACGUACAACUGUUGAUGAAUUAAUUCAAAUGUUAUUAAAUUGUUAUAACUCAUCUGAACGAGUUGAACAAUUUUCACUUUAUGAAGUUUGUGAAGGAGAAGAAUAUCAAAGAAAAUUACAUCCUGACGAUUCACCAUUAAAAGUUACGCAAAAAUGGACAAGUAUAGAUAGACACCUCCGCAUCAGACGCAAUCCUGACUACGACCCACACAGACGAAAGAGUAUGUGGGCAUCAGAGUCAACGAUAAGUGCAGCAAUCUCCCGACUUCAUUUGCACAACAGUCAUCGACUUCAUCACUUGUCACAACAAACAAUUAAUGAUGGAAAACAAAUGCCAUCAAUCACUGUGACCAAUAAUAAUUCGCACUGCAUGCUGCUACGUCAAUGUCAUAAAAAUAAUAAUUGUAAUAAUAAUAAUAAUAAUCGACAUAAUCAUAAUUUGAAUUUAAGUCAAAACAUUGAAAAAUCCGGAAUAACAAAGCGAGAAUUUAUGAAACCAGAUUCUAAACGUAUUACAAAAUUAUCAAAUUUAUCACCACAAAGUUUACCAUCAACACCACUCACGUCGACAAAAAAUUUAACGACAUCUAGAUACAUGGAUUAUGACAAUUACUUGUACAUGUGAGAUUAACUUAUUAUUGUAUUUAUUUUGAAAAAAUUUGAAAAAAGCCUCUGCUUUGAUUUACAAUUUUAUUCCUUAAAAUUUUUUAUUUAUUUAUAUAUUUGGAAAACUCUUGAACCAAUUAUUUAAAAAAAAAAUGUUUUGUUAAUUUUUUAUAGUAAACACAAAAAUUAGAUUAAAACAUAGUGGUUAUGGUUUUAUUUUUAACAUUUAUAAAGAGAAGAGAUAUGAAUUUAUGUACUAGAUCAAUUUAUUGAGUAAUAUUAAUAAAGACAUAACAUUAUACAUAUUGAAAAAAUCCAAAUUAAAGUUGAUACAAAGAAAAAACUACGUCGUUAGUAUUAUAAGAAUAAAAAUAAAAUAUACCAAAGGUAGGAUAAAAAAAAAAUGUCAAGAAAAAAAACACAAAAAGUUAAUGAAUAAAAAUUAUAUUGCGUUUUACAUUACUAUUAAAUAUUACCUUUGAAUGUAUAUAUAUUGAAACUUUUGUCGCAUAUAAUUAACGUAAUUUAUUGAUGAUUUAUACUAUAUAUUGUAAUGGAAAAAAAAAAAACUUUUUUCAUUUGACUUAUAAUAAAAUAUGUGUUAUCGUAAUUGUAA